CACAUAUAUAAUUACACAUUGUUUUUGUGAUUAAUCACUAUGCUUUAAUUAUGUUCAAUUUGUAACAAUGAAAUUGGGGGUCGCCACAACAUGAGGAACUGUAUUAAAGGGUCGCAGCGUUAGGAAGGUUGAGAACCACUGCUCUAAAAUCAGUACCCAAAACUGCAGCUGGGGAAGUUUUUUUUUUUAAUCCUCACCCAAGGAUAUGUCUUUAUUGAUUUUUAGAGAGAGGAGAGAUGAGAGAGAAACUGAUCAGUUGCCUCCCCUACAACCUGGUUAUGUGCCCUGACGAUCAAACCUGUGACCCUUUGGUGCAAGCAAGGGACAAUGCUCCAACCAACUGAGCCACGGCCAGGGCUGCAGCUGGGGAAAUGAUAAUGGCUUGUUUGAGUCAGAUUGGAAGGCAGUGACCAGGGCCCUUUCCUCCUGUUCUGGUGGGUAAACUGAGUGGAGUAGUCCUUGCCCUGCCCGCCCCUUAGGCCUUCAUGCAGUAGAGGCCCCUGAUGGGAGCUGUAGGACGAGACCUGGCUCCUGAGACAGCAUCUGCUCCAAAGUUCCCAGAACAGUUUCAAACCUGGGCUCUGUUAGUGCCCCUUGCAUCUUCCUAUGCCCUCCCUCCGUGGUACAGCUGGGUGAAGGAGGUGGGGAGAAGAGGUUUGGGAAUGGGACCAAAUCCACUUGCACCUUUCCCAGUCUCCUGACCACUCCCAAGGACUAAGCUCUACCUGGUGGGGGUAGGAGGGAAGGGGCCUGCAGGCCAAAAAGGUUGGGGGAACCUGAAUUUGAGCCGGUUCUCAAGGCCCAGUUCUUUGUCACCCCCAUUGACACCACCAAGCCCCACUCUUCAUUUCCUGGCCGUCUUCAGUCCUCCCCAGACUUAUCCAAAAGUCUUUGCCUGGCCACAGUGAAGUUUCCAGCUCUGGGCAAGGUGCAUGGCAGCAUUUCGCUCACAGUUUGACUUGUUCCACCAUUACCUCUAGUAUUCCCCACUCAGGCCCUCAGUAAUCCGGUGUGGAGAAAAAUGGAAAGCUGCCCUGGAGUUCAGUGCCGGGAGGGUUUAUUUAGGGAGGGCUGGAAUUGGUUGCUGCAGAGCUCCGCGAAGAGACCCGGAAAGAUGAAGAGGAAGAACGUGCAGGGGCCCCAGGCCCUUGCAGUGCAAGGCUGGAGGAGCAGACCCUGAAAGGGGCGUGGAGAUCUGUGAGGCGUUUGGGCCCCACCUUGAGUCUGGAGAGGGUGAAGGACCUGCCAAUGGGCAGGGCCCGUCCCGUGCGGGCAACCAAUGGGCAGGAGGAGGUGGGCCCUCCCGGCUGCGAGGACGAGGACCGGCUGGUGGCAGUCCGGCCGCUGGGUCUCCCGCGCUGGCCGGAGGCGCAUCUAUGACUGCUCUGAGCAGGGGCGAGACAGUGGCGGCUGGCAGAAACCAACAGAUGCAUAGGAAGAUGACUUCUCUGAAGAGCCCCCUGUUCUGCACAGAGAAACUAGACAGAGUUCAGACAACCCCUGACUCCAGUCUGCACUGGCCAGAAGGCUUGAAGGGUGAAGAGAUAAAGAAAUACAGUCGAGAAGGGACACUACUAAGUAAAUACAACCAGCAAUACCACAAGCUGUUCAAGGACAUCCCCUUGGAAGAGGUGGUUCUCAAAGUGUGCUCCUGUGCCCUCCAGAGGGACCUCCUUCUCCAGGGUCGGCUCUAUAUCUCCCCCAACUGGCUCUGCUUCCAUGCCAGCCUCUUUGGCAAGGAUAUCAAGGUGGUCAUUCCUGUGGUGUCUGUGCAAAUGGUCAAAAAACACAAGAUGGCACGGCUCCUUCCCAAUGGCCUGGCCAUCACCACCAACACUAGCCAGAAGUAUGUUUUUGUGUCACUGCUCUCCCGGGACAGUGUCUAUGACAUGCUGAGGAGGGUCUGCACUCACCUGCAGCCUUCCAGCAAGAAGAGUUUGAGUGUAAGAGAAUUUUCAGAAGAACCUGAGUGCGAGUCUCUGGAAGUCCUCACCCCUGAGAUGAAGUGGAGAAAAAUAUGCCCUGCCUCCAGGUCCCUGUCCCUCCCAGACAGCAUCCCUUGUAUCCCUCCAGCAUCCAUGGACUCCCCAGACAGCUUCUUCUCCUCCAGGAAACCUCCAGGGUCUGAAAAUGCUGUCUGUGAGGAGGAGACACUGGAGGAGGAGCCCAGGAGCAGCGAAGAGCUGAGGCUCUGGAAUUACCAGCUCCUCAAGGUCUUCUUCGUGCUGAUCUGCUUCUUGGUCAUGUCCUCAUCCUACCUGGCAUUCCGCAUUUCCCGGCUGGAACAGCAGUUAUGCUCCCUGAAUUGGGAUGGCCCAGUCCCUGGGCACAGGUAACAGCCACUUGGCCUUUGUCCCCGCUCCUCCAUGAAGAAUGCCUUGGGUGCUAAGGUUCCAUCAACGGUCCCCUUGGUUUCUGAUGCUGCUGUUGUGCUGGGACUGAUGAUGAAGGAAAACAUUCCAGAUCCCUCCUCUUCCCCCAACUCUUCUCCUUCCUCCAAUGAGUGAUCUGAAGUACCUGUUUACAAAGUUCCUACAAUUUUUGAACUCAGACAAAAAGCCAGGUUUUUUAGAACCAGCUGAGGAAUUCUGUACAUGAAAAUUCAACAAUCACUUAGGUGGGGAAAAAAUUUACUUUGUUCCUUAGAAACAGUUCUGGCACACAGACCACCCCAAGGGACAAGGCCGUGCUUUGCUACCUGGAAUGCAGCUCUCUGACUGUCACGUGGCUCACUCCAGUGGUGGGACAGAGCUAGAACCCAAACCACCAGUGUGGGCUCUUCUCUCUCCCCAUAAUCUGAGAGUCCCUGCUUUGGGCAAAGGACUUCUCUGCAGGGACCCAUCUGGCCUAGGGCAGACUAUAGGGAAGUGGGGGCAAAUUAUGAAAGGGCUUGUAGCCAGGAUUCCUUCAAGAAAGGAACAUUUGUGCUCUGUGCUGAGACUGUUCUGGCCACUCAUGAAGAGGCGGAGAGGACUGGAGCAGCGGACAGUGGCAGAGCUGUGAAGGAGAACAGAACAUUCCAUAUCCUCAGUUGCCACUUCCUGGUGAGACAGGUGUAGUAGGGCCUUUGAUCAUAGACUGGUACCAGAUCUCCCCUUGGUGUACGCAAACAUUUCCAAUAUGCCCAGGUGGAAAGUAGGUAUGACAAGGGUGGUGUCUUUGAUCUGCGGUAUUGCUUUUUUCUCUCUGCCUGACUGCCUGGAUCUUGGAUGUGGCCAGUAGCAGCCUGUUGGGAGGCUUGGCUGGGUAGCUGGGCAUGGUGGUGUUGGGCCACCAUAGGGCAGAAAUCACUCGUAUUACCUGUAGCCACUCCAUGGGGUCUGUUAUCCAUCAAUGAAGUGAAGAUGUCCAAAGUGUGCCUGGUACAGUACAGGGACCAAGCCAAGGGGGUCUGCCUGAUACCUCUAGGGACAGUAGAGGUAGAGGAUGCAAAGGGUAAACACAGCAGUGGCUUUGCUGUAGAGAUUCCUCCUUCCCUGUCAAGGUCGUCUUUCGUAUAAAAAGCUUCGCUGUGCCCCAGAACUCUGGCCUGCUCUCCCCAGAAGUCCCUUCUGCUAAGAUAGUGAUUUUGAAGGUUCUGUAAGGGCCUUGGUGAGGAGGUCAGCAGCAUUGGGGAAAGUCACUGGUGAUGGGGUGAGUGGUGUUUUCCCCUUUUCAGGCACCUGAGAGGGUAACCGGGGAGAAGUCCAAGUGGAGAUUAUUUAUUACAGAACCAUCUGUCCUGUUUAUGACAAACCCACACGAGGACUGGAGGGACUGAUGGUAGGUGACAACUUCCAAAGCUCAAACUGAAGGUCUCUUCAUCUUCUCCGCAUGCCAAGUUGUAGGAUUAAAUUUAGAGCCUGGCCUUGUGGGUUGCUUGUACCAAAUCUGCGUAUCUCAGGUGAAACUCACUGUUCUGUUUUCCCCACACGCCACACUGAAUGAGGACCCAGCCUUUUUUUUUUUUGGAACCAGGCCCCUUCAUCACUCCUUUUCAUCCUAUUUUCAGGAAAAUAAUCCUAUUUGCCCUAGAGCCUCACCUCCUUGGUCUUUGCUGAAGGGUGAGGAGGAUAGAUCCAUUCUCUGAACCUUGCUAAGUUGAACCAGAGGCCAUGAGAGAUGCCAAGUCAUGGCUGGCUGGGCCAAGAUGCUGAUCAAUGGCCUCCAGCCGUGCCUCAGGCUCAGAAAGGGCAAGAGGCAUGCUGCAGGGUAGGUGGCUCUGCAGGCCCUCGCAGGGCCUAGGGCUUUCAGUGGUUUGGGUGUGCCUGUCCCUCUGGAGGGUCCUCUCUCUGUUUCUCCCUUUUGUAUUCCAGCCUGGUUCUCUUGGGCCACUAUACCUUCUGUUGUGCUCAUUUAUAAACUAUGUGUAUUUAUAUAGACCUGCUUGCAUUGGGUGAUGCUCCUCUAAUUCCCUGAGAGUUUGGUUCAACUAUCCGUGGGUUGUUCCACUAUGGCAUUAGCCUUUGAAAAUAUUUUUAAAUAAAAUAAUUCUGAUUUUUUU